CCCCCCUUCGGGGCAUUCGAACCACAGCUGCCAUCGGAGCCCCCACUGAAGGGAGCGGGCCUCGUCCCUUCCGAGUUCUCUGCCCUGGGGACCCGGCGGCCCGCACCCUCCCCUCCUCCCCAGCCGGCGCCCUCCUCCCGGCCCAUGGGGACGCUCGUGGCAAAGCUGCUCCUCCCCACCCUCAGCAGCCUGGCUUUCCUCCCCACAGUCAGCAUCGCUGCCAAGCGGCACUUCCACAUGGAGGCCAUGGUCUACCUGUUCACCAUGUUCUUCGUGGCGUUCUACCACGCCUGCAACGGGCCCGGCCUGUCGGUCGUCUGCUUCAUGCGCCACGACGUCCUGGAGUACUUCAGCGUCUACGGGACAGCUCUGAGCAUGUGGGUCUCACUGAUGGCGCUGGCCGACUUCGACGAACCCAAGAGGUCGACCUUUGUGAUGUUUGGCGUCCUGACCAUCGCGGUCCGGAUCUACCACGACCGCUGGGGCUACGGGGUGUACUCGGGCCCCAUCGGCGUGGCUGUCCUCAUCAUCGCCACCAAGUGGCUGCAACUCAUGAAGGAGAAGAAGGGUCUGUACCCCGACAAGAGCGUCUACACCCAGCAGAUAGGCCCCGGCCUCUGUUUCGGGGCGCUGGCCCUCAUGUUACGAUUCUUCUUUGAGGAUUGGGAUUACACCUACGUGCACAGUUUCUACCACUGCGCGCUGGCCAUGUCCUUCGUCCUCCUGCUGCCCAAGGUCAACAAGAAGGCCGGAAGCUCGGGGCCCCCCGCCAAGCUGAACUGCCCCACCCUUUGCUGUGCUUGUAUCUGACUGCGCACCGCGCCCGACCCCUGCCCCCUGCCAGCCCCUGCCCUGCCGCAUCUCCCACCUGCGGAGAGACCCCCGUGGCCCCCCCAGCUCUGAGCAUCCGGGAGAAAUGUCUCCCCUCAGAGGGAUUUGGGGAGCAUCCCGCUGAGUGCUGCUGGGAGCCCACUUACUAGGUUUCUACGGAGUACGAGCCACCGUGCUGGAGAGAAAAGGACUUCCAGCCCCGCUCCUGCUCCCCCACAGUCAUGGCCAGUCUGCGUCCGCAGGACCCCACAGCCAACACGUGUCCCCCGCCCCCGUCCCCCUUUCCUCCUCACCCAGACACAAAGGGACUCUGCCCAUGUCCCCCUCACAACACCUGUCUCCUCCUGGACCCUGGUUGUCACCGCUUCUGUCCUGUGCCCUCGGGCUCUGAGCAGACCCGUGUAGGAAGCCAAGGCCAGUGGGGGCCAGCUCCGUCCAGGCCUGCUGGCUGUCCCUCCGGCCGGGUCCCUGAAUCAAGCCGUGUCAGUAACGGCAGCCCACAGGAAGCUCCUCAACCCUUGACCUUCCUGUGUGCCAGAAGCCGUAUGAUCAUCGCUUAAUCUAAUUCGUAAGACAAGUCUGCUUUAAAGGAUGAUCACUCCGUUCUA